GAUGAUUGGCAAGAAAUAUGAGAAAUUUAAAUUAAUAAAAAUACAGGGGACACCCAAAAAGUCCACAAAUGCAAAGACAUUGGAACCUUCAUGCCAAAGUGAGGGGCAUAGACGUGAGGAGAUGUAAUAAUAAGUAUUAACAUUUCAUUAACCGUUUCUUUUCCCUCUUUACAAUCCAGCCAAUUUCCAAAAAGACAAUCACAAAAGUUUUUCUUACCUUAUUUUUCUCUCUUCCACUUCUCUGUCUCUGUCUCUCCUUCCUCUGCCAUUCCCCUAGGGAACAAACAAGAACAGAACAUUAGGGAAAAGAAAAAAUGAAGAAAAAAGACAACCCAAGUUUCUCUAAUCAUGCAGUAAUUCAUUUGAUAUUCCAUUGAUUUUCUUCUUGGCAAUGUGCUAUAAUGGACCGGAGGACCCUAACGAUGAACUGGGAUGGUCUUGGAGAAGAUGAUGAUGAUGACAACUUCUUUGAGUCCCGUGACCGGCUUUCAACAGCCAUUCCCUUUGACUUGGCAUCCUCAGGAUCAGACGACGAUGAUGAAUUUGAGGACAGUCGCCUCUCCUUUGUCUCGACCCUUUCCUCGGCCUCCAUCAAGAAAUUCCAAGGGAUUGAGAUUGAGGCAGUUUCUGAUUCUUUCACCAGCAUGGAGGACUAUGGCAUGUGGAUGGCUGAACCUGGUGAUAUCAAGGAACGUCGAAGGCGUCUCCUGCAAGGCAUGGGGUUAUCAAGCAAUAAGGACCUACUCAAGCUCAAAAGCGCCAAGAUUGUACGAGCCAUUUCAAGAAAAGUUGAGACCAGCCAAGAUUCCAAACCACCAAAGGCUGAAUAUUCUCCUGCAAAAGAAUUAAAUCAAGAACAACAGCCAUCAGCUUCACAGCCAAUUGUGCUGGUCAGGUCGAGAUCAGACGGAGACAUACAAUAUUUUUCCGUAAAUACCAAGAAAAGGAAAGAGGAGCUAAUUGGUGACAUCUCUAAACAGCGUCUCACUAGGACAUUUUCAGGUGUUUUGGCACCGAGCUUAGGAAUAUGCCAAUUAGCUGGUUCUGUUAGAAUGUCACGCAAAAAAAACACAAGUGGAAUGUCAAUGCAAAAUGGCAGUGAUACGACAUCCACAUUCUCGAAUAGGAAUCCUGACGUGGGCUUUGCUUCAUUCUUCUUGAUAAAGAAUUUGGACACUGGAAAGGAGUUCAUUGUCAAAGAGUCCAACGAACAUGGAAUGUGGAAUAAGCUCAGUGAUCUUCAGACAGGAAAGCAGCUUACCAUGGAUGAAUUUGAGAAAUAUGUGGGAUAUUCUCCUGUUGUAAAGGAACUGAUGCGCCGGGUAAAUGGUUCAAGAAAUCAUGAUGAUGAGAGGAAAUUAAACGCAAAUUCAUAUUUGAGUAAGAGCUUCAGAAAUAGCAAGAGAAGAGGAGUUGCUCUUUUGAAGAACAUAAAAGGAGUAGCACAUAGCAUGAGCGGAAAAAUUAUUGAUAAAGAACGUGAGCAAACUGCACUUGAGGAACAGCAGAAACCAAACAAGGACUCCUCCAAAUGGAUUAAAGUCCGCCAGCAUGGAAAGUCCUACAAGGAACUCACAGCUAUGCACUUGUGUCAGGAAAUCCAUGCUCAUGAGGGCUCAAUAUGGACCAUAAGGUUCAGCUCGGACGCACGCUACCUAGCAACUGCAGGAGAAGAUACAUUAAUUCAUAUAUGGGAAGUGCAAGAAUGUGAAGUUAUGAAUGACUUACACUCUGUUGUUGGUGCUGCAAGUAUCUCACCUACUCAUCCAAUGGCUGGCUCUCUCAGUACCUCCCCUGUUCAUCCCAUUGCAAGGACCAAUUCAGACCGGCCUCCUCUGCCGGAGAUGGGACAUAUGGCAUCAGAAAGAAGGAAGAAGGGGAAGGUCUCCCAUAAGAAAAAGGGAAACUCGAUUCCGGAGUACGUCAAUGUACCAGAAACUGUUUUUGCUCUUUCAGAGAAACCAGUAUGCACUCUUAAAGGUCACCAGGAUGAUGUCUUGGACCUGUCUUGGUCAAGAUCUCAGGGUGCUUUAAUAGGCUCACAUAAAGGCAGCUGUCGCGUGUACACUACCACCGAAUGCAAACUGGAACAAAAAGACAACAUCGACAUUCAACCCAAGAAAAAUUCUCAGCUGAAGAAGGUCACUGGUUUACAGUUUGCCCCAUGGAACCCAGCAGAAGUGCUUAUAACUUCAGCUGAUUCUCGUAUCAGAAUUUUUGAUGGGUCAGAGAUGAUCUAUAAGUUUAGAGCAUCAGGUUUCCGAAAUACAAGCAGCCAAAUUGCAGCUUCCUUCAGUUCAGAUGGGAAGUAUGUUAUAAGUGCAAGUGAAGACUCUCAUGUCUACAUCUGGAAGAGAGAAGAACCUAAGACCCCCACUGGUAAACGUAGAACUUCAAUCUCUGUUCAAGCUCACGAGCGCUUUCCAUGUAAAGAUGUUUCAGUAGCCAUCCCAUGGCCAGGUAGGGUAAAGAAUGAACCACCACUUGUAGAGAUGCACUCAAAAAGGCAUUCAAAACGUUUCCUCCCGCCCCCAUAUCCCACUGUUGGCUCUCCUACAAAAGAAAACCCCGAUGUGGCAAAUAGUAAAAGGCAUUUGCCACCUCUACCCAUAAAAGUUAAUGCAUCGGAGAGAGUGCAAAGUAGUCAGGAAGAGGAAGACUUAGCUCAACUUUCUCGGACAGAUUCUGGUAUUGGUCCCAGUGAGUCAUUUGUAUCAGGUUCUUCAUCAACUAGGUUUGGUGAUUCACCUUCUAUAUCUGCAUCCAGCAGUUCACGAUCACACUCUUGGUCCUCCUCCUGGUCUCAAGAUGGUAGUAACAGCAACGGCAGCAAUGUUGUCCAAGCAACAGCAUGGGGCAUGGUAAUUGUGACAGCAAGUUUGGGAGGUGAGAUCAGAGUCUAUCAAAAUUUUGGUCUACCUCUGAAAGCUGGUCGUCAAACCAAUCUCUUUAGAGACCUGACAUAAAUUGUUGUCGAGGGAACAAAGUGAUACCUAUAUUCUGCUCUUGAGCUUUAAAUUUUUCUAUAAGUUGUUUACGACCUAGUCGAGCUCAAGUUACACAGAACAAGGCAGAAGCCAUCGGCUUCACAUUGUUGAUAA